AUGAUGAAACAGUACUUGUCCAAGGCCACCGAGUUCUUGAACACUCCAGUGAGCAGAGCUGGCGCUCUUGGUACAGCAGCCAUCGCACUUGCGGUUGCGAAGCGUGACUAUCUCAUGGAGUUAGCAACGAAGAAGAAGACGGAGAACAACCCUAAGGAGGUAACGACGGCGUUGAAGGAGAACGUGGACGUUAAGGUGGAGAAGAAUGAACAGUCGAACACUGAAUCUAAGGAGAAGUCGGAGACGACGACCUUGAAGGAGAACGCUGUUCAAUAG